UAUAAGCAAUUGACCACAGUCUUAUUAAACGCGUCCACACUGCUUUCAUGUUAUGAAAACAGCGGCUGCAGCACGCGUAAAACAAUGUUGAGGAAAACUUUUAAUAAUUUGCCUCGCUUUGGCCAACUGUGCGCACGCCAAGUACGUCCACAAAGCACACAAGUUGCAGCCGCCGGGGCCACAAAUGACGUCGAACCCGAGGACAUUUCCAACGUUGAAGAGCGCAUUUUAAAACAUGCCGACUACUUCCAGGUACACAAUCUGUUCACAGUGCGAGAUCUGUUUAACGCACGCGUCCACUAUGGCCACAAAGAGGGCUCUCUUGACGAUCGCAUGCGUCCAUAUCUCUAUGGGAGUCGCCUGGGACACCUGAUCUUCGAUUUGGACAAAACGGCCGCCCAUUUGCGUGAUGCUCUCAAUGUUGCGGCACACAUUGCCUUUCGCGAUGGUAUCAUCUUGUUCUUCAAUCGCAACGCCCUCAACGCUCAGUUGGUGGAGCAGAAAGCGAGGGAGGCGGGAGAAUUCUCGCACACACGCUUCUGGCGUGGCGGCAUCUUUACCAACGCCAAUGUACAGUUCGAUGCAGUGACUCGGCUGCCUGACUUAUGUAUUUUCCUCAACACGCAAAACAAUGUGCUCACCCAGCAUACGGCUGUGCGAGACUCUGCCAAAAUGGCCAUACCCACAAUUGGCAUUGUGGACAGCAAUUGCAAUCCCAAUUUAAUCACGUAUCCGGUGCCCGGUAAUGACGAUUCGCCUGCUGCCGUCGAGCUCUAUUGCAAUCUGUUCAAGGAGGCCAUAUGGCGUGGCAAGCGAAAGCGCCGCGAACUUCUAGGGCUACCGCCACUGGAGGAAGGAUCGUCAUCCAAGGAUCGACGCAGUCGCAGUUUUGUUAAGAAGAACUAGGAGAAAUGAUGCUUUACUAUUGUAACCAUUAAAUUGUUAAUAAAA